AAACAGAGAUUUUGGAGCUCAUUCGUGCUACUGUAUUCGACGGGUAUUGACUGUAUCGCGUCGUCCAAUUAAAAGUUUUGUGCGGUUGUUUGUUGGUUUUUAUUCAUAUUUUGAAAAACGUUCCAUACUAUAAAAUGCAAUUGUAAAAAUAAACCGCGGAAAAAUAAAAGUAAACAUAAAAAAAUGCAAUUAUUCGGCUUCUUUUGGUUAUUGUUUACAUUGUGUUAUUGUUCGCAAUCGUUCGCGGAGGAGAGUGUGAGUUCAACGGAUGCAGGAAUCGAAAAGGUCAAAGCUUUCACAGUAGCUACAGAACGUACGGAUGGAUUCCUGAGAUAUAUGCGCUCCGCACGUGUGUACGAUAUCGAGGUUUCUGCUCUAGGGUUAGAUCAAGAAUGGAAGGGUGGUGAUAUGAAUAAACCCGGUGGUGGUUUCAAAAUAAAUUUAUUACGGCAAGCCAUAAAACCUCUGAAAGAUAUGAAGGAUACAAUAAUCUUAUUCACAGAUAGUUAUGAUGUCGUUUUUACAUCUACCAUAUCGGAUAUAGUUCAGAAAUUUAAAGAAACUGGAGCUAAAGUGUUGUUCUCAGCAGAGAAAUAUUGUUGGCCCGAUGUAAGUUUAGCAGAAGAGUAUCCAGAAGUGGAACCAAAAGCUUCAAAAUAUCUCAAUUCUGGCGCUUUUAUGGGUUAUGCUCCACAAGUGUAUGCAUUACUUGAGCAACCAUUAAAUGAUUCUGAUGAUGAUCAGCUAUAUUACACCAAAGCAUUUUUAAACAAGGAUGUACGUAGCAAACUUGGAAUACAGCUUGAUACAAAAUCUAAAAUUUUCCAAAACUUAAAUGGUGCUAAAGAUGAUGUCAAACUAAAUGUCGACUUAGACUCCAACGAAGGUGUUUUAGAAAAUAUUAAUUUCAUGACAAAACCAAAUAUAAUACAUGGAAAUGGACCAAGCAAAAUUGAAUUGAAUGCCUUUGCUAACUACUUAGCUAAAACGUUUAAUAGUAAAUGUUUGAUUUGUCAAGAAAGGCAGGUGGAACUUGAUGAAGAUAAUUUGCCAAUCAUAACACUAGCCAUUAUGAUCACACAACCAGUGCCUUUCUUUGAUUUGUUUUUAAAGUACAUCGAAAAUAUAAAUUAUCCUAAAAAAAGUUUACAUUUAUAUAUAUACAGCAGUCAAUUAUUACAUGAAGAUCUUGCUAAGUCUUUUUUGAAACGUUUGGAUAAUGAAUACAUAUCAACAAAAAUAGUGCUUAAAAGUGAUGAGCUUGAUGAAAGACGUGGACGUCAGCUGGCACUGCAACAAGCGAAACAAAAGAAGAGCGAUUAUAUAUUCUUUGUUGAUGCAGAUACCCAUAUUGAUGAUCCAGAGUUAUUGCGGGAACUGUUAAUUAUGAAUAAACAAUUUAUAGCACCUGUAAUUACCAAGUAUAAAGAAUUGUGGAGCAACUUCUGGGGAGCAUUGUCUGAUGGUGGAUAUUAUGCGCGCUCUCAUGAUUAUGUAGAUAUUGUUAAAUUUUCAAUUGUUGGAAUGUGGAAUGUUCCUUAUGUUUCCAAUGUGUAUUUGAUCAAAAAUACCGCAUUUAAAUAUAUUAACUAUGAUCAUCAAUAUUUUGACCCCGAUAUGGCCAUGUGCGAAUCACUUCGUAACGCGGGUAUUUUUAUGUAUAUCACAAACUAUCGCGCAUACGGACACAUGGUGAAUGUAGAUAACUUCGAUAGUACUCUUACAAGUCCAGAUUUCUACACGCUUUUUACAAACAAAUAUGACUGGAUCCUAAAAUACCUACAUCCAAAUUAUGCAAAACAGUUAGAAGCCAAUGUAACAAUACCACAACCAUGUCCGGACGUAUUUUGGUUCCAGAUUGUAACUGAUACUUUUUGUGAUGAUUUUGUUGCUAUAACAGAGGCCUAUGGCAAGUGGUCAGAUGGAAGUAAUAAGGAUGCUCGCCUUGAAGGCGGCUAUGAGGCUGUACCAACGCGUGAUAUUCAUAUGAAACAAGUAGGCUUAGAUCGACUAUGGUUAGAAUUCUUACUACUUUUCGUGCGGCCAUUACAAGAAAAAGUUUUUACUGGUUAUUAUCAUAAUCCACCACGUUCAUUGAUGAAUUUUAUGGUGCGAUAUCGUCCUGAUGAGCAACCUUCCUUAAGGCCCCAUCAUGAUUCUUCUACAUACACCAUUAAUAUUGCACUCAAUCAUGUAGAUAAAGAUUAUGAAGGCGGCGGUUGUCGUUUUAUACGCUAUAAUUGUUCAGUCACCGAAACAAAGAAGGGUUGGAUGCUUAUGCAUCCCGGACGACUUACACAUUUCCAUGAAGGACUUUUAGUAACUAAAGGCACACGUUAUAUUAUGAUAUCGUUCAUUGAUCCAUAAAUAUGGUUUUCAAUUUUGACUAUUGGGAACAUAUUCGGUUCUCGCCUUUAAAUUUAUUAAACUGCCAUUUGUCUAUCCAAAGAUUUUAUAAAAUUGCUUCAAACUCGCAAACUUGUUUAAGUGUGAUUAUUUUCCCAUCGUAUGUACUAAUAUAUUGAAAACACAUACUCAACGCAUUGUUUGUCGACGAUUUCAUUUUCAAUGAAAAUGAAUAGUAUAUCAUGUUUUAAA